CUUCACUCUCGAUUGCGAGCCACCAGUGUAUUGCUUCUGUGGACUGAAAGCUCCCCUUUGUGUUUCGAGACAGAGUGGGAGUAAGUUCUAUGGGUGUCAAAAAUGGAAGGUUCAUGGGUGUGGUUAUUUUGCCUGGGCGGAUAGUAUGGAAAGUAGAGGGGUGGCCAACGUUGCAGGGAUGAAUGAAAAUGAAGAUGAUUUGAUGUUCAUGGUUUCAAGUGUUGGUGAACAAUUAAGUGUUCUACAAGGCCAAGUGAAUGGUGUGAGAAGGGUACUUCAAGCAGAUGCAAAGGAUACCAAAAUCUUUAGGAACCUUUGUGGAAUUGGUUUGAUUAUAGUAGUUGGUUUACUG